AUGGCAAGGAAGAUAACCAAGUCUAGUAAGAAGGCAACCAAGCCAAAAGAAGACUUUGUUUUGACCAUUGAUAGUGAUUCUGAGAAUGAGCAAGUGGUUCCUGAUUUAGAUGAAGACUCAGAUGUAGAGGAAGACGCAAAGGUUGAAGUAAAAGUCGAAAAGAAGAAGAAAAAUGGUAAGAAAAAUAAGAAGCAAUUGCCAGAGAAUGCUACCCAAGAAAUAGAAGAACACGAAGAUCUUAAUCCCGACUUCAAAUUCACCGUGGACGACAUGGAAACCACCACUUUUGAGGGAUGGGAUUUCAAUACCACAUCCAAUGAGAGUGAGGGAGUUCAACAGGCGAGAAAGGAUGUUGAUUUGGACGGAAUUUUGAGAAGAAAGGGUGGUUUGGUGAAUAUUGCAGGUGGUAAGGCAGCGGAAGAGGAAGAGCAAGAGGAAGAAGAGGAAGAAGAAGAAGAAGAAGAAGAAGAGGAAGGAGAAGAGGAAAGAGAACAAGGAAGUGGAGAAGACGAUGAGUUAGCAUUAGACGGGUUUGGAAUGGGAGCCGAAGAAGAAGACGAAGAAGAUGAUGCAAGCGCCGAAGAGGCUGAAGAAGAAGAAGAAGGUGUAGAUGCAGACAUGGAUGAAGAAUACCCAGCUUCAGACUUAGAAGAAAAAGAAAACGAUGAAGACACUGCAGAACAAAUGGCAGAGUUCUAUGCUGAUGAGGAAGAGGCCAAGACUGCCAAAGAACAGGCACACAAAACUUUCCAAACAUUACAAUUAUCCAGACCUGUAUUGAAGGGUUUAGCCCAGUUGGGAUACUCCAAGCCGUCACCAAUUCAAUCGGCAUCCAUCCCCAUCUCUUUACUUGGUAAGGAUAUAGUUGCCGGAGCCCAAACAGGUUCCGGGAAGACUGCUGCAUACAUGAUUCCUAUCAUUGAAAGAUUAUUAUAUAAACCAGCAAAGAUCUCGUCUACCAGAGUGGUUGUCUUGACUCCUACCAGAGAAUUGUCCAUUCAAGUGUGUGAUGUUGGUAAGAAAAUUGGAAGAUUCGUCAACAACUUGAGUUUUGGAUUAGCAGUUGGUGGUUUGAAUUUGAGACAACAAGAGCAGCAGUUGAAGACCAGACCAGAUAUUGUCAUUGCUACCCCUGGUAGACUUAUUGACCAUAUUAGAAACUCGCCUAGUUUCAAUUUAGAGUCAUUGGAAGUUCUUGUUAUCGAUGAAGCCGAUAGAAUGUUGGACGAGGGUUUCCAGGCUGAAUUGACUGAAAUCUUGUCCUUGAUCCCUAAGCAUAAGAGACAAACCAUGUUGUUUUCUGCAACUAUGAACACCAAGAUUCAAGAUUUGAUUCAAUUGUCUUUGCAAAAGCCAGUGAGAAUCAUGAUUGAUCCUCCCAAGACAGCAGCAACUAAAUUAGUACAAGAGUUUGUUCGUAUUAGAAAGAGAGAGCAUUUGAAGCCAGCAUUAUUAUUCCAAUUGUUGAAGCAUGUUGAUCCUAAGCAACAGAACAGAAUAGUUGUCUUCGUAGCUAGAAAGGAAACUGCCCACAAGUUAAGAAUUGUCUUAGGUCUUUUGGGUAUGAAGGUUUCUGAAUUGCAUGGUUCUUUAACACAAGAACAACGUCUUCAGAGUGUUAGUGAAUUCAAAAGUUUGACUGUUCCAGUAUUGAUUUGUACUGAUUUAGCUGCAAGAGGGUUGGAUAUUCCAAAGAUUGAGAUCGUUAUCAACUACGACAUGCCAAAGAGUCACGAAGUAUACUUGCAUAGAGUUGGUAGAACUGCCAGAGCUGGUAGAGAGGGUAAAUCCAUUACAUUUGUAGGAGAAUCUACUCAAGACAGAAACAUCGUCAAGGAUGCCAUCAAAUCUUUAAGUGAAGGAGAUACCGGUAACAAGGCAAUUUCCAGAAACGUCGACUGGAAGGAUGUUGAAGAAUUGAAUAAAAUCGUCGAAUCAAAGACUGAAGUUAUUCAAGAGGUUUUAGAUGAAGAAGCUUCCGCUAAAGAAAUCUUACAAGCAGAAAUGGAAUUAACCAAGGCAAACAACAUGAUGAAACACACCAAGGAGAUUUCUCUGAGACCAAGAAGAACCUGGUUUGAAACUGAGAAGGAGAAGAAGGCCCACAAGACUCCAGUUAUGCAAGAAUUGACGAAGCACGGAAAGAAGGUGAAUUCUAGAAAGAGAAAGGCAAAUGAAGUCAAGAAGGAGCUGGGUGAAAGGGCAUAUAAAAAGACUAGAGUCGAUAGAAUGAGUAAACCGCAACCAACCAAGAAGAAGGGAAAGGGAAAGAAAUAA